AUGUCCUGGAGUUUCCACGGGAAAACCCAGCUAGGGGGACUGCUCCUUUCUCUCCUUGGCUGCGUCUGCUUAUGCAUCACCACCAUCCUUCCCCAGUGGAAGACUCUCAGUCUGGAGCUGAACGAAAUGGAGACCUGGACCAUGGGGCUUUGGGAGGUCUGCGUGGAUCAGGAGGAAGUCGCCACCGUGUGUAAGGCCUUUGAGUCCUUCCUGUCUCUGCCCCGGGAGCUCCAGGCAUCCCGCAUCCUCAUGGUGGCCUCCCAUGGGCUUGGACUUGUGGGGCUUCUGCUCUCUGGCUUUGGGGCCGAAUUCUUCCAGUUUCACAGGAUCAGACGAGUGCUUAAAAGGAGGUUUUGCCUCCUGGGAGGGACUUUGGAGGCAUCAGCUGCAGCCACUACCCUCCUUCCAGUCUCCUGGGUGGCCUACACCACAAUCCAAGACUUCUGGGAUGACAGCAUCCCUGAAAUUGUGCCUCGGUGGGAGUUUGGAGAUGCCCUCUACCUGGGCUGGGCUGCUGGUGUUUUCCUGGCCCUUGGUGGAUUACUCCUCAUCUUCUCAGCCUACCUGGGAAAAGAAGAUGUGUCUUCUCCCCACAUGGCUGUUUCUACAACUGCCCCGCCAUCUCCAGCACAGGUAUCUGAUGGCUCCUUCUACCUGAUGCCAAGACCUGGGACCCCGUUCACCUAG